UUUGAUGGUACGGCAAUGGGUGUCGCAAACUAGCUAGUGCGCAUGUGCCGUCCAAAAGUACGGAGUACAAGCUAACGUUAGCCGAAGUUAGCAUCCAAAUACUCUCCCCGCACAGCAGUCUGCCGGGAAUAUGUCGUCGAUAAAAGGAAAAGCGGAUGUUAUCUUUGAAGACGAUGAUCUCCCGUAUGAGGAGGAGAUCAUUAGAAAUCCAUAUUCAGUCAAGUGUUGGAUACGUUACCUGGAGUUCAAACAGAACGGGGCUAAAUCCACCAUCAACAUGAUCUAUGAACGGGCUCUGAAAGAGCUACCUGGAAGCUAUAAACUGUGGUACAAUUACCUAAGGGAGCGAAGGAAACAAGUGAAAGGGAAAUGUAUAAGCGAGCCAGUUUUUGAAGAGGUCAACAAUUGCCACGAAAGAGCACUGGUGUUCAUGCACAAGAUGCCCAGGAUAUGGAUUGACUAUUGCCAGUUCUUAGUGUCGCAGUCGAAGAUCACACGAAGUCGGCGAACGUUUGACCGGGCACUUCGAGCUCUUCCCGUUACUCAGCAUCCCCGCAUCUGGCCUCUGUAUCUCCGCUUUGUCCGAAACCUGCCCUUGCCUGAAACCGCCCUCCGAGUGUACCGCAGAUACCUCAAGCUUUCUCCCGAGAAUGCGGAGGACUACAUUGAAUACUUAAAGUCUGUCGGCCGCUUGGAUGAAGCUGCAGUGCGUUUAGCAGCUGUUGUCAACGAUGAAGGUUUUGUGUCCAAAGAAGGCAAAUCUAACUACCAGUUAUGGCACGAACUAUGCGACCUGAUAUCGAAGAACCCGGAUAAGGUGACCUCUCUAAACGUAGGCGCCAUCAUUCGUGGUGGGCUCACCCGCUUUACAGACCAGCUCGGCAAACUUUGGUGCUCCCUCGCCGAUUAUUACAUCAGGAGCGGCGUCUUUGAAAAGGCUCGUGAUGUGUACGAAGAGGCCAUCCUUACCGUGGUGACUGUACGAGAUUUCACUCAGGUCUUUGACAGCUACGCCCAGUUUGAGGAAAGCAUGAUCGCGGCCAAGAUGGAGACCACGGCCGAGAUCGGCCAGGAUGAAGACGAGGACAUCGACCUGGAGCUUCGGCUUGCCCGCUUCGAGGAGCUGAUUGCACGGCGCCCUCUUCUCCUAAACAGUGUGCUUCUGCGACAAAACCCCCAUAACGUCCACGAGUGGCACAAGCGUGUAAAACUGUACGAGGGCGUUCCACGGCAGAUCAUCAACACAUACACAGAGGCAGUGCAGACUGUUGAUCCAGUCAAAGCCACCGGGAAGCCUCACACGCUCUGGGUCAAAUUUGCUAAAUUCUAUGAGGAAAAUGAGCAGCUUGAUGAUGCCAGGACUAUAUUUGAGAAGGCAACCAAAGUGAAUUACAAGCAUGUGGAUGACCUCUCCGCAGUGUGGUGUGAAUAUGGAGAGAUGGAGCUUCGGCAUGAGAAUUACGAGCAGGCACUGAGGAUACUUAGGAAAGCUACGGCCAUCCCAUCAAAAAAGGCCGAGUACUUUGACGCCUCCGAGCCGGUCCAAAACAGAGUCUACAAAUCUUUAAAGGUCUGGUCCAUGUUGGCAGACUUGGAAGAAAGUCUUGGCACUUUUAUGUCUACAAAAGCAGUGUACGACCGCAUCAUUGACCUGCGCAUUGCCACACCACAGAUCGUCAUCAACUACGCCAUGUUCCUCGAAGAGCACAACUACUUUGAAGAGAGCUUCAAAGCGUACGAGCGCGGGAUCGCGCUCUUCAAGUGGCCAAACGUUUACGACAUCUGGAACACCUACCUUACCAAGUUCAUAGAUCGAUACGGAGGCAAGAAGCUGGAGAGAGCCAGAGAUUUAUUCGAGCAAGCCCUUGAUGGCUGUCCCGCCAAAUUCGCAAAGACAAUUUACCUGCUGUACGCCAAGCUGGAGGAGGAGUACGGAUUGGCACGGCACGCCAUGGCGGUCUAUGAGAGAGCGACGCAGGCAGUAGAAACGGAUGAGAGACACCAGAUGUUCAAUAUUUACAUCAAGAGAGCAGCUGAAAUAUACGGUGUCACAUACACCAGGGCUAUUUACCAGAAGGCUAUUGAGGUCCUUCCUGAUGAGCAUGCCAGGGACAUGUGCUUGCGAUUCGCUGACAUGGAGAGCAAAUUGGGUGAAAUUGAUCGUGCCAGAGCGAUCUAUUCCUUCUGCUCUCAGAUCUGUGACCCCAGGGUCACAGCCGUGUUCUGGCAGGCCUGGAAGGAAUUUGAGAUCCGCCACGGAAACGAAGACACAAUCCGAGAGAUGCUUCGAAUCAAGCGCAGCGUCCAGGCGACCUACAACACUCAGGUCAACUUCAUGUCGUCUCAGAUGAUGAAGGCCACCACCAGCUCCACUGGGACCAUUUCAGAUCUUGCUCCCGGCCAGCUGGGCAUUGAUGACAUGAAAAUGUUGGAGCAGAAAGCACAGCAGCUCGCUGCAGAGGCUGAGCAGGACAAACCCAAGCCCAAAGAAAAGAUUCUCUUUGUCAGAAGCGACACGUCUCGCACCGAGUUGGCCGAGCUCGCCAAACAGGCCAAUCCAGACGAGAUCGAUAUAGACGACGACGAUGAAGAUGAUGAGAAUCAAGGCCCGGAAGAGGUGCGCUUGGAACAGAAGAGUGUGCCCACUGCUGUCUAUGGAGGCCUGAAAGAGGACUGAAGCAUUACACCACACACUCCUUCCUUUUUAUCAAUAAACAUUCAGAGUUCA